AUGUCGGGCCUCCCCUCCAAACUAAUGUCCGUCUUCUCUGCGACCAACGAGAACUAUGCUGCGCUAGCAAAUAUCAAGUUCGAUUUCUCCCUCGUCAAAAUGGAAGCGCCAAUCGAGUUUAGUGGUAUUGCUUCCGGCCUUUCUAGCAGAAGACGAGUUGAGGCUGAAGAAGGCCCUUCCCAUAAGACAGCACGUCGGCUAGGGGCUUUGUUCGAAGAUGUUGUGCCAUCCACGCCAAAGCUGAUAUCUGCAUACGGGCGGCGAAUGUCGGAGAUCAUGAAUGCCUCCGGAGUCAACGACAUCGGCGCUGGUCAGCAUGGACCGUUCGAGCCAUAUGUUGGAGCAGAUGUUACGACUCUCUGGGCUGCGGCAACAUCUGGGAUACCGGCUCUGGGCGUGUAUCUCCUCAGUUGCCUAUUGGCUCGCGCUUGGGACGCGAAAGUAGCUACAGCAAUAUGGGUAGAGAUAGUUGCAGCAAGAAAGAUCGAGAUCGAAGAAGGACUCAAAAGCAACGGCAACGUGUCUGCCACUUCGCUCCUUGGUGCAUGCCAAGACAUCACCAGAAAAGACCUUGCUUUGUGGGACAGUAGUGCAAGAGCCUGGCUUCGCAGAGCGGACAAAUCGAAACAAUUUGCGCAACGUCAACUGUCGCUCAUUGUUAAAAACAUCAAUACUCCAAUUCCCGGGGGUCCUUCAACCUACGACCAAGUCAUGAACGUGUGGAAGCGAUCAAUGCUGGCUGUCGAGCAAUUUCUGUCCGGUAAACCACAGGACAUCAUCGAUGGAUCGGUAUUCGUCGCGUUUUCUGCGUGGCACCUCUACCCAGAUCUAAUCGUGUUCACACCUGAACCCAAGAAAGUUGAGUUUAAAGAUAAACUCGUCCCUUCCUCUGGAGUAGGCACUGUUGGUGUAGAGCAUAACCGGAGAUCUUCGGAAGGAGAAGGUGUGCAAUGGUCACUAGCACUAUCACACCUACAAUAUUAUGGCGCCCCUGUGGUAGUCAGCAGCAACCAGGAAAGUUCGAGAGUGACCUUUCGUCAACUACAGGUCGUCGCCUUCGGGGGUCUGCUUGGGAGAUGGAGGGUCAGUCCACGGGACUAUACAAGAGUAGCGGAAUGGUUCAUUCUCCUGUGGUCUCGACUGGGAAUGUCGGAAGAAGACGUGAAAGAAGGCAAAUCCUCUGAAUUCGGAUGGCUCCUACCUUUUGUAGUGGCAGCAAGUCAGCUUCUAACUACGAACGAUCAAGAUCGCAAACGUAACGAGACAUUGUUGAAACACGGGACCAGGAGAGCAAAGUUCUUCUUGUCUGAUCAAGAGCUUACCCCUUCGCCAUUCUUUGGUCUACUCAAUACCCUAGUAGUGUGUGGACUUCAAGAAAAGCUCGACGCUGACUCCGGCAUUGCUUACCUUCGUGCCGUAGCGGAGAAGCUGAAACUAGACGGAAGCGACGCAAUCAUCUGCUACGCUCACGACGCUUCAAAUAGACACUUUGCUGGAGCAAUCGACUACUACGAACUUGCCACGGUACAGAAGGCCGAAUCGGACAGUCAUACGACAUGGAUCUGCCCGAAUAUCGUCGAUCCGAAGUUUCUAGAAGACAGAGUAAAUUUCAUCGCCGGUCGAGACUUCGAUGGGAAUACUACUCACUUCAGAUGGGCGGAUCCGCCACUACCCUACCAACCAAACUAUUCGACCAUCGCGCGUCGCCAUGAAGAUGAGUGUCGCCAGUCCAAGAAAGCCAAAGUAGAGAUCGGCUUCGACGCUAUUCUCGGUGAUUCGCGUCUGGGCCUGUUUCUCCAGAGCGAGGCGCGUAGUGUAACGCGUAGAGGACGCGAUCCAUUACGGUCUUAUCAAGAAGAGGCAAGACUCGAGACCAUGAAAAUAGACACUCUCUCGAUCUCGGUAGAAAAUUUCAAAGAAGCGAAAAUGCAAUCAGCCCGAUUGAGAGAUUACAUGUGUUCUUUGAUACACCUCAAUGAAGAAGAAUCGAUGUACAGCUCUCUCCGAGCCCCGGGGGUGUCAUUGUUCUUGGGCUUCCACAAGUUUGAUCUUGGCUUCAGCAAAUCGCUGUAUGCUCUGGAGUCAGCUUCAUACGUGUACACCGACCUCGUCCAUGCUACAAUCUCGUUGAAACUGAUAACCCUGCAUCUAUCGGAUGCUGCGUGGUUCAAAUGUUUGUUCGACAGAUGGAAGAUUCAGGGCAACAACUCAGAUCUCCGGUUUGAUGGAAUGCCACUUUUCACUUCGUUACGAGCUCCGCUACCCGACCGGAAUGAGUCGUUCGGCUGUAUAGCUCUGCUUGACUCGGGGGUGGUCGAUCUCGUUCCCGAGGACUUCAGCCAUGCAUUUGCUUUAUGCUCAGAAGAUACAAUUUACGUACCGGCAGUUGUGCUAUCCGACCCAUUCGUUUCAGUAGCAGACCACGAAAUGAGAAGUAUCACGGGUAACAUUGGCCGCCAAGGCAUUUCGAUACUCGUCUCACCUGUCGAGCCACGAAUACGCGAACUCAGCAACAACUAUGAGCUGGUAUCACACGAGCCAUACGACUUCAAACGCGAAAACAACUUUGGUGCAACCUCAUUACACCUAUCCUUCACCGACUGGACAGUCCCCCUCGCGACCGAAGACACGCGCAUGAUAGACCAUGAUGCUCACGCAGUAGAAGCCGUCAUAUCUAUCCACGACCGCGGUGUUUGGGUCGGCGACAUCAACAUUCUCGACGUCGAUUUUCGGGAUAUGCUCCGGUUUAAACCAAUGACGUCUUGCAAAGGGGAUCAUAGCCAAGAUUGCGACGUUGACUACACAUCCAUCGAUAGCUGGGAAGAGUUGCUGGAUGAGCCUAAUGGCGUUGGCGUUUUUAGAGCGCAUGGGAAUUGGGCUGCGCGACUGGCUGCAGUGAGUAUUCUGUCACGGGGUCAGACUGGAGGUUAUAACUUUGGCGUUCUUGGACCAGAGCAUUUGUGUUUGAGAUGUUUGGAGGAAGAGCUCGAGAAGCCUGCAUGGAACAUGCUGGACUAUGAGUCGAAGCUGCCUUCGUUCUGUAUAGAUUGA